GCAAGAUGCACCAAAUUACUCAAACCUACUUCGAUUUUAUGUACACACAAAAAAGACAAUGAAAAGGAAAAAUCUUGCAUUGAGCUCCACAUACUCACUGGCAGUUUAACAGUUCCUACUGACUCACAAUGCAAUCGCACCUUGUAGUGGGAUCCAUCUCCAUCGCACGCUAUGGUGGCGCCGCCGAUUCCAGCCCCUUCCACUCCGCCGCACCUUCCUGCUGGACCAACCCUCCUCGCCGGCGCUCUUCACUCAUCGUGGCCUCCUCCUCGCCCGCCGCCAUCAACGGCGGCCAGAAUCACUACGCCGUGCUCGGAGUCACUCGCACUGCCACCGCCGUCGAGAUCAAACGCGCUUAUCGCCUCCUCGCCCGCAAGUUUCAUCCCGAUGUUAGCAAGGAUCCGCAUUCUGCAGAAUUAUUCAAGAGCAUCCGUCAUGCAUAUGAAGUACUAUCUAAUGAAGCAACUAGGGUUCAGUAUGAUCAAGAACUUCAAUUUAGUCACAGUUCUCAUAGGGAAAAAUGGAGUUACAAUACUGAGUUUGAAGAUCAGGUAAGAGUCUAUAGAUGGGCUCACCUGAGGAAAAAAAUGCGUAGUGAAAGAUACUGGGAACAUUACAAUGUCAGUGAGGAUUACAACAGUGAAACUGAGGAGGAAGAAGAUGAAGAAAAUUUAGAUGAAGAGAGGGGUUCUUUUAUUGAAGUGCUUAGAUCAGCGUUCUUGUCAUUAUUUUUGUUUCAGACGUUUGGAUCCCGGCUCUCUCUUACAUUUAGCGGCCUGACGGCAUUGCUCGAUCAAAAGUUAGACACCGGCUAUAAAAUUGGGUAUGUAAUAGCAUGGAUUUUGGGCGGGAGGGGUGGCAUAUUGCUAACAUUGUGCUUGUCUUUUGCAAGUUGGGUUUGCGGGAAAACCAGUAGUAGUGUUGUUGCACUAAUUGUGGUGGCCAUGUGGGUUGGUUCCUACCUUGCAAGGUAUGCACCACUUCCCCAAGGUGCUCUAUUGGCGCUUCUCUACAUGUCCAUUAAGCUACAGUCUGACCUAAUAUAGACACAUUGUCGCAAUGCAACUAGCAUAUUUUCUGAACUUGUACAUCUGACUAUGUUCUCUAUUAUGGUGUUUGUACAGUGUAAUAUAUAUUCUGGUAAAUGUAAAUAGUUGUUAUUUUAUGAGUAUAAAUUAAGUGCAUAAACGGUUGAUGAA